AUGGAGCGACCGCUAGAAAUGAGUCUAAGAGAUAUCGAUGACUUCCUCACACGAGUCUCUGACAAACGACGUUCACACAAUGAAGAAGCUCAUGUUCAUAGUCUAUAUCACUUUCACAUGGUAGGCGGAGACAGGAUUGCUGGCAGAGAUGUCGCGCUGCGCAGAGUAAUGCGGGCGCGGACUGCGGCGCAUUCGGCAGCACUGGCGACAGUGAACCCUGGCCAGCGGGGCUGA